AUGGUAAAUUUAAUUAGAGAAUAAUAUGCUACGCUUUAUUUUGCAAAUAAAUGUUCAGGUGCCUUUUUAUUCUGUGUAUUUCUCUAUAUGGUGAUGAUUUUGCUUCCUUUUUUUAUAGGAUUUACAACUGCAGGUUUGAGUUGUGUUUAUUACUAGAUUUUUGGAUUUUGAAAAGGACAACAUUUCAAACUCCAAAAGUGAGUAGUUUUGAUGAAUAUUAUUUGAAAAUCCUCUUGAGUGACGGGACUCAGAAAACCUAUACGAAUAUCCCUGAAAUAUAAUUAGUAUUGGGGGCAACUUAACCUGGUGCAUUUUAUUUUAGUGUAAUAGUUUUUGAAUGAUUUGCAGCAAAAAUCAUUAAGUCAGAAUGAACAAGAUGAAUUUCAAGCCAAAACUAGUAACUUCACAUCUAAUUUCUUCGUUGAUUUGCUCACAGAAUAAGCGAUAAAAUAAAUAAGGGAAAUUCAAAUCCUUAUAUUUUAUGAAUACGAUUUAGAUGAGACUAUCAGCAUGAAUAUGCAAGGAUAUGCCUUUGCAUCUUUGAAAUCUCCACAUGGGAUAUCAUCUGCAUCAACGAUUGGACAGUUGAGAUUGAGUCAGAGACAUCCAAUUUUUUCAGGGUACUGUGAGUGAUUAGACAUUUUUAGGAAGACACCAAGAACGAAAUAUAACUAUUCAUCAUAUUACAAUGGAUUAGGCUAAGUACUCUUAGACCCAAUAGAAAUAAUUGAGAAUACGAUCUACAAUCGAAAUGGUAUAUUUAGGUCAUUGAUGUUAGAGUCAAUCUUUUAUGAUUAUGUGUCAUAUAUAAUUCCUCCGACUACAGCCUUGGAAGUCACAAACACACCUGCGAGAGAAACAGAACUUGAUAAGGAUUAAUUUCCAAUAGCAUUUCAGACAACCACUAAUGACACCACAACAAAUAAUACAAACACCAGUACAACAGUGGACAUCCAAAAGGGUGUCUAUUUACCUGUCUAUUUGAGUCAUUCUUCAUAAUUAACAAUAAAUAUGACUUUGUAAAUUCCAAACAAGGAGAUGGUAAUGUAUUAAACGGAGAUUAUUGAAGCCUUGAAAUUUUCAUGGAUGCAGUAUUUGUCGAUAUUCUUAAUAUUUUGGUUUUUUGGUUCGUUGAUUUUGGAAUUUGUUGUGCAAAACAAAGUCUUUGCUACUUAGGCAGUAGUAAACAUUCCAAUACCUUUGAAAUCAUACUCAAAACUCAAAUUAGAUUGA